AUGCCUCCAUUAAUACGUCCACCGUUACCACGGCCACCACCACCACUACCGGUUGCUCCGUCGGAAGGUCUGUUCCCUGACUUGAUGCGCCGUGUUGUGCCACCACCAGUGCCCCGAUUUGGUCCGUUUCGAGGAGCACAUUCGGCCAGUUUGAAUCACCUGCAUCACUAUAUGUGGCAUAAACCCGGUAAAUUGGUGCUCAAUCCGAGUGGGCUGAUGGAAAAGUUAUCCUCGAUUGCAUAUGAAUUGGAAGAUGAAGACUCCAUUCCUUUGAUGGUUGAAGAAAUUAAGUCCAACAAACCGGCUGCCUCCAUCACUGUGUUAGACGAGAUGCACAACAAAUCGGAGUUGAUUCAUCUGCUUCUCAAGCUUCUCAAAUCGACCUCGGUGAAAAACAAACCGAAAAUAAAGCGUCGCCUCCAACUGCCAAAGUCCAUCAUCCUUUCUCAGCCGGCAACGGAGACUACCACGACUAUAACACAACCGGCAAGUUGUACCUGUGCACAGCCAAGUGCUGAUACAGGAGGCACUCCUCGAUCAGCGUUCCCGACACAACCGGCCUCAUUUUCUAUGCCGAAUCCACAACCAACCGCUGAUACAGGAGUUAAUCCCCAAUCAACGUUCCCAACACAACCAGGGGCAUUCCCUAUGCCGAAUCCUCAACCGACCGCCGAGACUGGAGGUAAUCCUCGAUCGACAUUCCCCACACAGCCAGCUUCAUUUCCCAUGCCUAGUCCCCAGCCAGUCUCACCUGCUUUACCUAAUCCUAUGGCACCAGUAGCUCCAACACCGAGCUCACUUCCAUCGACGGAAUCUCGCUCGUCUCUGACUAACGAAUUGAUUCAGUUGAUGAACACACUACAGCAGCAGCAGGAACAACAACGACAGCAAUUGCAACAACAGCAACAACUUCAACAACAACAUCAAGAUUUGCUAGAACAACAACGCAGUCAACUCAGCCAGCAGCUACAACAACUGCAACAACAGGAGCAACAAAUGCAAACCCCAACUGCAGUGGCGGUUCAACCCGCGUCUUUUCCUCAGUCAAUGACGGGGCAAGGUAGAGCAGUUUUCCCAGCGACUGAAUUUCAACCCCAGUUCCCUGCUAUGCAACCCAUGCAGAUACCCCAGACUGUCCAACCACAAGUUCAACCACAACUUCCGCAGCAACAGCAGCAACAACAACAGCUUCCGGCCGGACAGACAGCAUCUCAACAAAACCAGCAGCAAGAGUCAACCACCAUCAUUUCAGUCGUGCCACGAACUUUGCUAACUCUGUCCACCGAAGACGACGGUGGCUAUGGUGGACACAAUGGCUACGGUUUGAUGGAUAAAGUAACCGGUUCAGCAGGCUUCUAUGACUUAUAUCCUGCACAAGAAGUUGAUAUUAUUACUAAUGAUGAUGAUGAUGAUGACGAUGAUGAUGAUGAUGAUAAUGAUGAUGAUGAUGAUGAUGAUGACGAUGAUGAUUCGGAUGAUGAUGAUGAUGAUUCGGAUGAUGAUGAUGAUUAA